AUGUCGAACGCAACGUACCAACCACCACCGCUCACAGGCCUGCGUGUCCUCGAGUUUGCAGGCCUGGCGCCAGGUCCCUUCGCAGGCAUGCUCCUCGCCGACUAUGGCGCAACCGUCCUCCGCCUCGACCGCGCACCCGCCCACGACUCCGGCGCACCCAGCGACCAACUCACGCGCCGCAAGACAAGCAUAUGUGCUAACAUGAAGACUGCCUCUGGCCUCGCAUUGAUCAAGAAACUGAUCCCAAACGUGGAUAUUCUCAUCGACCCCUUCCGACCCGGCGUUCUUGAGAAAGCUGGGCUUGGGCCAGAGGAAGUGCUGCUGAAGCUCAAUCCGCGACUCAUCGUUGCGCGCAUGACGGGGUUCAGAAGAGAUGGGAAGUACAGCGCGAUGGCCGGGCAUGAUAUCAACUACAUAGCCGUGUCGGGUGUGCUGUCGUUGUUUGGUAGAAAGGGCGAGAAGCCGUAUCCACCUGGCAAUCUUAUGGGUGACUUUGCCGGCGGAGGCGCGAUUUGCUUUAUUGGAAUCCUGCUCGCCCUUCUGAACAGAGAGAAGAACGGGAUCGGGCAGGUCGUCGAGGCGAACAUGGUGGAUGGCAGUGCGAUGAUGGCAACGAUGCCGAGACUGGGGAUGAAAAGUCCAGUUUGGGGCGCGGAGAGGGGUACGAACAUGUUGGAUGGUGGUUCGCCGUUCUACGACACAUACGAAACGAAAGACGGGAAGUACACAGCUGUUGGUGCGAUCGAACCUCAAUUCUGGGCCGCGCUGCUGAAAGGCCUUGAGCUGAAGCCAAGCGAUCUGCCCGGAAACCGCGACAACAAAGAUGACUGGCCGAAGCUGAAAGAAUACUUCACUGGGGUGUUCAAGAAGAAGACACGCGACGAGUGGGCGGCGAUCUUCGAUGGCACAGAUGCUUGCUGCACACCGGUGUUGACACAUCCAGAGCUAGAAGCGCAAGGGUUCGAUCAACGGCCGGCUGUGACACUGAAGUCGUCGCCGGGACUAGCCAUUCACGAGGGUGAUGAUUCAAGACCUGCCGCGGUUGGACAGGGUAUCGGUAUAGAAGGCAGUGGCUGGGCGGUGCGGGGACUGCUAGCUGGCGACGGCGGAGAGGAGACACUUGCGCAGUGGACAGGCUGGACGAAGGGUCGGCAGUUCGUGGACGAGAAGGGCCUGCUUGGGUGGAAGGACACUGCGAAACUGUGA